UAUAAUUUAGACUGACACAUUCGACUGGAAGCAACGCUGCUUCAUUUGAGACAACCUGGCAUUAACCGAUCCUAAAAAUUGUGAUUGUAAAGCCGUAAUACAAGUGUACACAAUAAAAUUGAAACAAAGUAUGCUUAAGGUUUGUGAAGGAAGAAAAGGCAAAUGGGUACUUGAUGUAAAAUCUCGUUUAAACUGCUGUUUUAACCUGGUUGUGAGUGAUUCCAUAUACCACUUUGAAUGUUACAAGCUAUUUUCAACUAACAGGGAGUCAAAUUUGAGUAAAACAGAAAAGCCUGGUUGCAAAGAAAACUCAACAAUGGCAGAGAACUUUGAAAGGCUUUGUGGGUGGUUUGAGAGUCAAAUGGUUCCUGUGACAACUUCUGAAUUGCACAAUAAAAUGGAAGAGCUAGUGAAUUCUGAAGAGAUUUAUUCAAUGAAGCACUUAAACAGAAAAUCAGAAGAGAAAUACAAGCAUAAUAUAAUUAUUAGCCAAACUGAAGAUGUAUCGCAAAAAUGAAUCCUGAAAAAUGAAAUUAAAAUGAAAAGAAAAACUGGUAAAAAAGCAUUUGGACCUCACCCAAAAGUUUUGAGUUUUGUAAACGAACUAGCUUGAGCGGACAGAGCAUCAAUAGAUCAAAAGACGUUUUGUUUAUGUUUAUUAUAACUACUAUAACGUAAUAUAUAUAACAACUUUUA